UUUUUUUAUGAAUGAAAGAAUCCCACCUCAGAGAGCAGCGAAGUCAUUCCGGGAAAAGGCGGACUGACAUUUUGUCGCCAUAGUCGCUUCGAGCCAGCGGCUAAAUUGCCUCAUUUCGGAACUAGGAGACACCGAAGAGGUGUACGCGAGCCGAUAACCAGAAGGGAACAUCGAAGGACCGAUAUCCAAAGGGAAAUCGCCAAAAUAAACCAAAGGACAAAGAGUCUGAAUCUGUGCUGACUGAUUCCUGGGGGCGGGGGGAAACCCGAGGCGAGUGGGAUCAUGACGACAGAGAGAAACAGCAAAGCCCUGAAGGUAAAGCAGGAAUGUGGCGAGAAUGUGCCCUUCUUGUCGGACAGCGAGCUCAUGUCGCUGUCGGUGCGGGAGCUCAACCUGCACCUGCGUGGCAUGUCCCGCGAGGAGAUCCAGAAGCUGAAGCAGCGCCGGCGCACCUUGAAAAACCGGGGCUACGCCGCCAGCUGCCGAGUAAAGCGGGUGUCGCAGCGCGAAGCCCUGGAGCAGCAGAAGCUGGAACUCCAACGGGAGGUGGACCGACUGGGGGCGGAAAACGCCGGCAUGAGGAAAGAGCUGGAGGGUUUGGGGGCUCGCCUGGCCGCGCUGCAGAGGUUCGCUCGAGGCCUGGAGGCUGGAGGGGGCAGCCUGCUGGCUACGGCACCGCGCCUUAACACUGCUUCCGUCAUCACCAUCGUCAAGAGUCCACCGCAACCUCAACCGCAGAGGGACCAGGAGUCUUCUUAGGCUCUGUAAACAGACUGAGGGGGUGUGGAACACACACACAUACACACUUAUACACAAUGGCGAACAAGAAUCAUUAUUGGUAGGAAAAUACGAAACAUCAGUGCUACGCCUACACACGGGAGUCAUUAAUGUGUGACAUCACCAAGAACCAGCCGAGCUUCUUCCAGGACGACUCGGCUUCAGUAGUGCUUGCUACUAAAUAAUGUUGAACACUCACUUUUUGCAUGUUUCGACUGUACACUUUUGUACAGUACUGCGCAAAAAGUUUCAUUCGAUCACCACUAGCCAUUAAUGACCCAUUCUGCAACACUCUUCUGGCACUGUAAAAUAUCAAAUAGAAAAGUACUGCAAUGAACCCACAAAUAUUUGUCAAUUUGCAUAUUCACAGGUAUUUUUGGGGGGGGGAGUGGGGGACGACGACUCAUCCGUUACUCAUAGAAACCUCACCUUUUUUUUUUUUUUUUUAUUUGCCCGGGACAAAACUCUCUUUAGUGCCAUCUGGUGAGAUCUUGGUGUUGAAGUAAGUUGAGAAGCUCGAAUUACACUUUUCCCAUCAGCAUGUGGCAUCGGUAGGAAAUUACAGUACAGUAAUAACCUUUGUUGGGGGUGGGGCACAAUUCAAUAUGGACUUUUGCUAUUUUGCUACUUCAAAUGGUGAACUUGUGUCUUACAAAUCACUUUCACCAAUAAGGAAGCAAGAUGGACGAGUGGUGGAGUACAACCUGGACUGGUUGCCAGUCAAUGUAAGGGCACUUAUAGACAAACGAGCAUUUCCGCUCACCUUCACACCUUAGGAAAAUUUCGUGUGGGACAAAUAGUUUAUAAUUAGUUCCUUGAUGCACUUGGGGUGACGUGUGAUGAAAACUCCGUGAACCAGGAAGUCGCCUCUAACUACCAAAGUGACAAAAAUACCGCGCUAGUUAAGAUAAGCAAAGGAGUGGGAAUUUUCAGGGCAAGUCCAACUCAUGCUGUAAUUUCAUCAAAUCUGGUUGCUCAAGUCAGCAUUAUGAUUUUCUAACUAUUUCCCCAACUAUAUUUAGAACUGACAUUCAAUUUUGAAAAUUUCUAGUUUGUUAACAUUGAUUUCCCAUUAAUACCCAGGGAAAGUUUCCAAAUAUGAAAAUUCCCAUCAAUAACAACAAUCAUCUGGUAAUUUACAGCGUUGUUAAGACUCUUCUAUGGUACUUAUUGUUUAUUUGUGAGGCCAUCGCACAUCCAGGUUGCAGACAUGCUCAGAUUGAGUGAUGCUAAGCCUUGCUUUUUCUUGACCACCACAUACACAACAGUAAGAGGGGAAAAAAACGGUGCUCUUUUAUGUGACCAAAAUGGGCAAAUCUUGCUUUGCUUCUGCUUUUUGGGAAUGUGACCCGAAAAAAAAAAAAAAAAAAACCCCAACCAAAAAGAAAAAAAAAAACCACCAAAAUUUUGCAGAUGUCAGCUCCCCCCGCCCACCCAGAGUUCUACAAACUUUUGCAUUCCAGGUUAUUAUAUUAACAGCCUAGCUGUAUACUUUCCUAACCUCAAUGGCACAACAGGGUCGUGGGAGGCUUACGUAACCCUAAUAUAUCUUCAAAGCAGAACGUGUUCAAUUUGAAUGGCUUAUAAAUUGGAAGGCCUGCUCGAGGAAGACUGAUGUUCAGGGUUUGUAGACCAACACAGUGCCUUCAGUGCUUGUGGGAGGUAUCAAACCAAAACUGCUGACCGUCCAUCACACUUCUUUUCUCUCGGCUAAAAUAGCACACGACUUGCUUGUCCUCCAGUUCCUAUUGUCCAGUAACUCUUCUGCUACGUACUCCCGAUGCGGCUCGCUUUGGCCCUCAGCCUCGACGGGAAAAGCUGAAAGUCGCAUCAACAAUCUGCUCGACUCCCCAACUACGCACGUUGGUUAUUGUUUUUGCUGAAAACGCGGCAACUCGACUCCGUGCACAUUCCUCUUUCCGUGUUCUUGUUUGUAAUGUUUUUACAUGCCGUCGAGACGCAAAUGUUGAGUGACAUUUAUCAGAGAUAUAUUCUAUAUUUUAUUUGUAUUUAAAAGUAGAUAUUUUGACAAGCUAACUGAGUGCUGUGAUGUUAUGUAUGUUUUCAGUACUUCCAUAGUCGAGGGGAGGGGAGUUUGUAUUUUCAUGUCUAAUUGUAUUGUGUGACAACGAUUCCUACUUCACAAAAUGUUGAAUUAUUAGCUAUUUAGAAUUGUGCUCCAAGUCGACGGCCAUAUUGCUGUGUGAUGAUUCGUGCACGUGUGUUUUUUGCCAUAUUUGUACUGGCUUGCCAUAGUGAAUUCUUGGAGGGAUAUUAUUUUUCUAUGAUUUUCUUUCCUUUUUAUGUUAUCAUGGAAGAAUGAAAGGUUGAGCAGAAAGAGAGGGGAAGAGAAGGGGUGGAAAAAGAUAUCAGGAGGUGAAGGAAUGAUGGAAAAAGAAAGUGGUAAAGCAAAAGACUGGAAAACGAAGGUGUGACAUGUACUCACUUGAACAACUGCAAUCAGUUGAGUAAUACUUUAGUCCAUGAGCAGACGCCGUAACACAGACUUGUGUUGAAAAAUAAUUCAAAUAUAUGAAGCUUAUAUUUAGCUAUAUGAAUAUGUGUGGUUUAAAAAAAAAAAGCAUUUAUCUAUAUUUCCAAUGUUUCUCACCUCUUGUCAAAUUGUGCUGGACGUUUUGUGAUACUUGCAAAACAAAAACGGUCUUUGUAUUUAUUGUACUUUUUCUAUUGUGAAAAUUGAAGUACAUCAUCUAUUUUA